AUGGCGUUGAAUCUAUCUCCCCAAUCGGCCGACACCAGCGUGUAUGAGGGAGAAGGCGGCGGAUAUUACGCGUGGACUCCUUCCAAUUUUCCGGUGCUCGCUCAGCUGGCCGUCGGUGCCGGAAAGCUGGUUUUGCGGCCACGCGGCUUUGCUCUGCCUCACUACGCCGACUCUUACAAGAUCGGUUAUGUUGUUCAAGGCAAGAUCGGCACAUGCACGGUCGGGUUAGUACAACCAAACGACCCACAAGAGACUAUCGUUAAAAUCAAGGAGGGAGAUGCCAUCCCUGUCCCGAUGGGCACCAUUUCGUGGUGGUUCAACGGUGGAGAUUCAGACACGACCAUGAUAUUCCUCGGAGAAACCAAACAAUCAUACAAUCCAGGCCAGUUCGAUUAUUUCUUCCUGACGGGGGCACUUGGUGCCCUCGGAGCCUUUCCCACUGAGUUUACUAGCAAAAUAUAUAAUCUCGACCAACCCCAAUCCAAGAAUCUCGCGAAAAGUCAAACUGCGGCGUUGAUUCUCGAGCUCGGUGAAGAAAUAAACAUGCCCGAUCUAUCCAAUUGCGAUGAUCGAGAAUAUAUUACUAAUAUGCUCGAUUUGAUUCGUUCUGAUAAAUCUUGUUGUCCAAAAUCUGUGGCACGUGCGGACAUCACGGCGGAUAAUUUCGGUUUGCUAGAGAAAAUUGGGCUCAGUGCUAGUCUGGUGAGGCUCGGGCCCAAUUCGGUGUUGGGCCCUUCUUACACCACGGAUGGGUCGACUCGGGUCAUUUAUGUCCUUAAGGGCGGUGGUCGGGUCCAAAUUGUUGGUCUUAAUGGGAGCUUAGCAUUGGAUGAUGCUGUGAGGCAAGAGCAUGUGUUGGUGGUGCCCAAGUUUUUUGCUUUGGCCCUUUUUGCAGGUGAAAAAGGGUUGGAAUUUUAUGCUGUCACCACAUCUUCAAGGCCUGAAUUGGGAGAAUUGGUUGGGAUUAGGUCAGCUUGGACCGCCUUAUCCUCACCCGUUUUACAAGCUUCACUCAAUGUGCCUCCAGAAUUUGUUGAAAUUUUCAAGUCCACAAAUGAAGAGGACAAGAUUGGGGGUAGGGCUGCACACGAGUCGAGCAGUUCGCGAGCGCUCGAGUCAAAGCUCGGCUCGAGCUCGAGUUUGACCGAACUCGAAUCGAGCUCGAGCGGCUCGGGCACGAACUCGAGCUCGAGCUCGAGCCCAUAUUUUACAUUGUCGAGCGGUUUGCGAGCGGCUCGAGAUAUAUGGACAAUCCAAAUAAGACCUGAUCAUGCAAUUUGCAUGCUAGUACUCUACGGGGGUUCGUUGGGGACAAGUAGGAAAAAACGGAACUCGAUUCCGAGUUCGUAUGAGCUCGUACGAGCCCGCGGAGUACGGGCGCGCAGCUGGCUGCGGACAACGAAAGCGUCUUGCGACAUCGCCUUUGGUGGUUUGCAGCCCACCACCAAUGGCAAACUCGACGCCUCCUGCGACGCGACUGAGUCAUCGUCCUCCCGUCUAGAAAGCUUGGGGUUCGAGCUGCCCGAAUCGAGUCCGAAGGGGUAUCUCUUAGUCUUACGGCGCCCGAUUUUGAGGUAUGUCUGA